AUGGAUGAAAUUCCUACUUUCGAUGAUAUUAAAAAUGUUGUUUAUGAUCUUGGAGCCAACAGUGCACCGGGCCCUGAUGGGUUCUCUGCUACUAGACUAGGUAGUGUGCUAGAUAAGCUUGUUUCAGAAGAACAAGUUGCUUUUAUGAAGGGGAGAAACAUUCAUGAAAAUAUCAGUGUGGCAUGUGAGAUGGUUAAUGAUCUUAAAACUAAGCGUAAAGAUGGCAAUGUUGGUUUAAAGCUUGAUAUUUCUCAAUCUUUUGACACGAUUAGCUGGUCUUUUGUCUUAGAGGGCAAUUUGAAGAGUUUGCAUAAUCUUCUUGCUUUUCUUGGUAAAUAUCAAACGACCUCGGGUCAAACUGUUUGUCGUCAAAAGAGUAAGGUUUAUUAUGGUGGCGGUUCCUCGAGUCGUUGUAGAACUAUCACUAAUCUUCUGGGCAUGGAGGUCUCUACUUUCCCGGAUAGGUAUUUGGGGGCUCAGAUUAUGCCUAAAGCUGUCAAAUAUCGACACAUUUGCAAUGUGAUUGAUAAAAUUAAAAAGCAACUUGCAGUUUGGAAAGGAAAGAUGCUUUCUUUUCAGGAUCAUGUUGUUUUAAUAAAUUCAGUGAUUGCUAGCUAUGACAUUCACAAUAUGGAUAUUUAUAAAUGGCCUCGGAAGUUUAUUCUUCAAUGUGAAAGAGUUAUACGCAAUUUUCUUUGGUCGGGGGACUUGGAAACUGCACGGAAAUUUGUUAUUGGCUAUGAUAAAGUGUAUUGCCCUGUUAAGGAAGGUGGUUUGGGUAUUACAAGCAUGACAGUCACUAAUAGGGCUCUCCUCAUGAAAUUAUGCUGGUCUAUUCGGUCUUCUAAUAAGAAAUGGGCUCGUUUCUUAUGGGCGAAAUAUACAACUAGGAAAGGAAGGGUGAAACAAUAUGCUGUCAAUUCUUCGAUUCUUCCUGGAGUAAAGUUGGUUCAUUCUCUGGUGGACAGAAAUACCAAAGUUUUUAUUGGCGAUGGGAGAAAUACUUCUCUUUAUUUUGAUGUUUAA